AUGUCCGCUGUGCCUGUGAACAGCUUAUGUCAAGACCCCCCUGUGAGAGACGAGUCACCGUGUACUGAGCUCGUGAGCCAGAAUGGCUGUGUAGAGAUAAACUGUACCGCAAAAGACAUCACCGAACUCAGGGCCACAUGGUUUCCCUGUAACGUGUGCAAACUUGACCUCCAAAUAAACGCGCUGGAAAUCAUACGCAAAACUUCUUUUGCUCAUCUCUCCCAACUCCGCUGGCUAAGUUUGGGAUCUAACAGAAUUUGGAAAAUCGAACCUUUCGCUUUUGACAACCUUGUCAGUCUGGAGUAUCUAAACCUAGAGUACAAUCAUCUAGAACUUACUGUCGGUUCAUAUCCACCCCAUCUCUUCACACCAUUGAUUCUGCUGAAGACCUUGAGACUGGCUCAUCAAAAUAGUCAACCAUCAGAUUCGUACCCUCCAGACUUUAUUUUUCACAUGGCAGGCCUGCAGGCCUUGUCAGUCCCAAGCGUCGGAGACAUUCUACACUUCAGCUCGGACUUCUGUCAACUUGAGAAUCUGUCCCGUCUGGAAAUUUCCGGAUCUGUCGAAAACAUCACUAACUCAAGUUUUGACACACUGAAAUGCCUCACCCUGAUAGAGCUGUCUUUAAAAAAUCUAACGUCAUUGACUAGAUUUGAGCAAGAUGCUCUCAGGCCAGUAAGUAGAAGUUUACGGUCAUUUCAUAUGGAACGCGUGUUUAUAGGUUUACAGAACGCCUUAAAAGUUUUGAGACCUUUGAACGGCAAUGAUAUGUACGAGAUAUCUUUUGAUUUUCUAGCCUUCAAGGACAGUCAAGCAGGUUAUGGUGUUAUAACAGGAGAUGGUAUACUUAAUGGCCAUUCAAUGGCGCAUUUGAAGGAUAUGUGUUUGGAGAGACUGUUGCUGAUAACAUGCCGAAUCUUUGUAAUUGAACCAUCUGCGUUUGGGCCUAGUCGUUUGAGGAAUUGUAUAAAAUACGUAGACUUGUCCGAUAAUUAUAUUCAGGGCACUGAUGUGGGUAUCUUUCGAUUAUUAACUCUACCCAAUCUGGAGACAGUUGUGAUUUUUGCCCAAAGACCUUUCACACCCAUUACAGAUGAGAUCCGGAAGAAUCGGAUCUUAAAUACACCUCUUGAGAGCCCCAUACCUCCGAUAGAGUUGCCUUCUGAGAAUGCCAAACAAUCUUUUGAAAAGUUAGGAUUGACAUCACACCAUACACCGUCGAAACAAGUUGAUCAUGUUAAAUCAGAACUGUCUUUCAGUAACAACACACUUCCGACAACAGCAUGGGAAAUGAAAGGGUUCGUCUAUGUAUCCAAAAAUUUGAGAGCAAUCAUUUUUCAUAUCAAAGGCUCAUUCGGCCAUUUUGCUGAUAAACUGACAGUUGUUGGUGCGGAAAGAUUGGAGACUCUUGUGUGCAGAGGUUGUGGUAUGUGUUGCUUCACAGGAAAUAUAUCUGGAGUUGACAAAGUAAAAGUGUUGGAUUUUUCUUACAACGAUUUUUCUAUUGCAGCAUAUGGCUAUACAGCAAGUUUUCUUUCUAUUGAAAAGUUGAUCCUAUCCCAUGUUAACUUCGACACGAAGGUUAUGUCCAGAGAUAGUGAUCGUAUAUUUCAAACUUUGAUUCAUAUGAAAAGUCUAGAUUUGUCUUCUAACUCUCUUGUGGAACUAAGUGUAGGAACGUUCCGAAACAAUGAUAAACUGGAAUCUCUGUACCUUGGGGAUAACAUUUUCCGUUCUAUCCCCUUUGAUAUCUCUCUGACGCCUCGUCUACAAUAUCUGGACCUUAGCAAGAACUCCAUUUUACAACUGAACGUUAAACAGAGACAUGAACUAGAUCUGCACUCAAACAAAGUCACAGGGUUCCGUCUUGAGCUCAAAGACAACAUGCUGUCCUGCAGCUGCGACUCAAUUCCAUUUGUUUGGUGGCUCGGACACACGACUCUUCUCUUGGAUAAUGGCGGCAACUACACAUGUAUCACAGCACAAGGCAAAAUAAGCUACACGUCAGCCUACAGAGACACUCGAGCCUUAUGGCGAGAAUGCUACGGAAAAAGUUCUCUGUGGCUCUCACUUGUACUUCUUGCUCUGAUGAUCAUUGGCUUUCUAAUUGUCGUGCUGGUCUCACAACACAGCAACUACCUGCGAGCUGCAGUUUUCAGGAUCAUCGACCAAACGUUUAGACUGGAGACUCUGGAGGACUACCCAAUAGGUGUUUUCGUUGGUUACGCUGAAGCAGACUAUCGGUUUCCUUGUCUUCGGCUUCUACCAUAUUUAGAAGGUCUAAACUUAACCGUUUAUGUCAAGGACCGCAAUAUGUUGCCCCAUCAGGACGUUGCCACGGCCAUUAUGGAAGCCAUUCAAAACAGCUGGAGAGUCCUCCUUGUGGUCACCGAGGCUUUUCUCUUAGAUGACCAGUGGUCAGAGUUUACCAUGAGGUCUGCUGUGUACUCUCAGUGCCCCAGGAACCCCUCCAAGGUGGCCCUUGUGGUCGAAGAGAGACUUUGCAACCGCCUGCCUACACAGCUCUUGGCAAGUGUGGGAGACGAGAAUGUUAUUUGUUUGGAUAGACUUGUCAUGUGUUAUGAACUGAGACAGCGACUGAAGACUCUUAUUUUACAAAAUUAA